AUGGCGUCCUCACCGGCGGAGGGCGUCUCAAUACGGACGAUCAGGCUCAAAGUGUUGUACACUUUCGAUGUUGAGCAAAAGGAUAAUCACCUGGCGAGGUGGCCUCAUCCCGUGGACGUACAGACAGCCUUCGUUGACGACCUAAAUCAGAUCGGCGUCAUCGACCUCCGAACGUGUUUGGAAGCUAUCACCACCGCGAGCCCGGAGCUCACCACACAUCCCGAGAAUGACUAUACUGUCUAUGCAUAUGACUACUCAGAACCCGAUACACCGUUGGUGGGACAGGGAAUGCUGUCCAGAGCACUUGCCAACCAAGACCAGGGCGCAGGCGGCGACAAUGAAGCCAUGGUGACGGGCAAGCUCACCAAGAAUGUUAUGGGUCUAUUCUCAAAGAACGCGCAAGAGAUGCUCGAGGUCAGACUUCGGCUAACACCGGUGAGCACCUUUGCACCAGCAAGGUAUCGCUCGGGAAGUGUCAGUUCCCAAGACGGCAGUCGACCGCAGUGGAGCAACAGCUCCUCGACACAAACUAUGCCUUCAUCGACAUCGCCGGUUGAUACCUCGGGUCUUGAAGCGAUGCAGAGGAUGCUUAGUCGAGAGAACGUGCCGAGCUCUGGGCCAAUCAGCAGACCUGGUACGCCCAACGCGUCACAAAUCUUGAAUGCUCCGACGAGACAGGCUGGGACCUCGUCUCGUCCCAGCUCACGGGCUGGAACGCGUCAAACAACAUCUCACGCGCGUCGUGACUCUUUCAACUCUGGGUACUAUAGUGGGGACGAGAACGUCGAGGACGGCCCGGCAAGAAAGCGAGCAAAAAUAACCAAAGUCGAUUGGCCUACCAAGUCCGACCUCAACAUCGAAAGACAGCCGGAAUCAUUACGUGUCGCGGCAAGCAUUGCGUCGAGUGUGCGUCUUCAACGUCCGAUAGCGAUCAAUCCGGCGAUCACAACCCAAGGAAUCCUUUCGACGGAGGAACCAGUCCGCCCGCCUACACCAGUACCAGCGUCUAGGUCAAAGCCACGUGGCCGAUCAGUACGGCCAAGAAAGAAUCCUCUAAGCAACCUCGUUCAUGGAGCCCAGAUCCGAGGGUCUUCUCCCAGUCCAGAAUCAGCGCCUCGACCCGACCUUCUCAAUAUACCUGUCGCCUCUCCAGAAGACACUCGAGCACGAAGCCUUUCCAGCACUCCCGCAAACAUCCCCUCAUCCCCUCCAGUCAUGCCCGAACAGCAACAUUCAAUGAUCACCAGUCCUGCGCUUCCGCCUCUGGCUGAUCACGGCCAUGAUUCGGGCUUUCUAAGUGAAACGCUUGACGAACUUUUCGGAGAUGACCAGACACUCCAGUUCGAGGAUUUCAUAAUUGACAAGCCAGAUGGCGAAGGAUGUGAUGAGACACGAGAGCGGAGCAAGAACACUGCUAAUUUGUACCCUUUGGUCUUUGGCGAUGGUAAUGUGUUUGAAGAUCGAUCCGCAAUCCAACCAAAGCCUCACAUGAUCCCGCCUCCUCUUCCCAUGUCAUCGCGGCCGGUAGCUAGAGCACAGUCAUAUACACCUGCUCUACGGACUAGCACAUCGUCCCCCAGAUUGGCACCAGCACCUAUCCCAAGAGCUCGCCAGAUCAUGGAGGAACAGCGAGAUCAACAACGUAUGAAAACAAUAGCUCCGGCACCACUGCCAAAGAGCGAUCCGCCGGCGAGGAUGUUUCAACGUUCACAGACAUGGGCACCAGACAGUGAUGCGCUCAUGUCAGAUGCGCCUACGGGGGAAGAAUCCAGAGCCAAAGCUGCAUCCAGGAAGAAAGUGGGCAAAGAACAGACCAAAGCAAGGUUGGAGAACGCAAUUGCUAAUGGGGAGAUGCCACCUUUCUGCGACAAUUGCGGAUCCAUCGAAACCCCAGCGUGGCGACGUGCUUACGCUAAGACCUUUGACUGUGCAUGGGACGAUGUUGAAACAUCCCUGGACCAAGGCGAAUGUUGUUACAAGGAGAUUCUUGCGCAUAACCCUGAUGGGAGCGUGAAGACCUUCAGAGGGUACAAGGUGGAAAGAAGACCGGGAGACGAGGUAGACGAGUGGACGUCGAUUACUUUGUGCAAUCCGUGCGGCCUAUGGUUCCACAAGCAAAAGUGUCCACGCCCGCCCGAAAAGUGGCAGAAAAAAGAUCCAAAGGAAAGGGGCAAGCGAAAGCGAAAUACCAACUCUUCUUCAAAGGCUGUGAAGAAAGCCAAUGGAAACUCAAAUCUGAAGAGUGACGCCCAAACCCCAGCGAGUGAUGACUCUUCACCGGCCGAUUUCGCAACCGAAGCUCCGGAUGCUGAAGAAAACGAAAAUGAAGCAACAAAUAACGAUGACUACAUGGCUGACAAUGUUGAACCACAAUUGCCUCAAAUGCCGCACACGUUCAGAGCUAGUAGUGCUGAACCUGGACCAAGGGGAUUGCAGGCAAGCUUUCGCCAUCGAGCCCACGGAAGGCAGGUUCAGUCAAGCCCUGGACAGGCACAUGGAUCCGAAGGAGUACCCAUCGAGAUAGAUCUGACACCAAAGCCCGUACGGAGGCAGCUCUUUCCGUCGCCAGACAAAGUACAGGUCCGGUCUGAUCCAGGCCCAGCCACGUCGUCUUCCAAAGCCACAAUUAGCCUUCCCGCAUUCGUCCGACGGAGUCCAAGGCUCAACAAGACCAGAGAUGUCUUUGCGCUGUCAGCAGGGGUUGUUGAGAUAUCUGCGGAUGGGAAAGAAAAUAUCGCUCCAGCCCCAGCACCUACUGUCGUGGACGACGGCCUCGCUGAUCUGUUCGAGGAGGGGCCUGCUGAUGUGGAAUUGCCUCCUAUGACUCCGACUCCAAAGAGGCGCUCUGAACGAUUGCUGCUGAAGACUCCCUCGAAGACACCUCAACGUCAAUUCGGCGCUGGCUUGUCACCCAAUGCUGGAUUGCACCCUAACUUCCGCACUCCCAAGGCAAAGUCAGCAACACAUCCGGCACUGACAGCGCUGUUAGGCACCGCUCAUAAGGAUGUGCUGGAAAUGACUCCUUUUUCGCGAUCAAUCCACGACGCGUUGACUAGUGAUCUUCCGCUACCGUUGGAGUUGCCUGAGGAAAACAAAUCUCUCCUACGUGGCUCAUCGAAGAAAAGUACUCCGAACAAGGCGCUCUGCUUUGACUUUCCUGACUUGCCAUCUCUCAAGAACUCUUCCCCAAUGUCGAACGAGCAGUUGGUCAAUUUCAGCUUCUCUGAGUUGACGACGGACCAAUUACACAGCGAUUGCAAUGAUCCUUUUCACGCCAAUGUCACGAUGCCCAGUUCGCCACCUCCAGGAUUGUUCAGCUUUUUGGACACCCACGAGCACGCUUUGUGGGAUGGUAUGCUUUCAGUGAAUGGAACUCCCCACGAUGGGCAACCGACAUAUCCGGACCCAGACACUGAAGGCCUGACCGGAACAACAAAGCUUUCUCAUUUAUUAAGGAGAAGUCCUAGGAAACCACACGCGCAAUGA